UCCUAAUUGUUGCUAGCUUCUCCAUCCGUUAUCAUGUGCACUGUCUUCGAUGACAAUGGCCUACUACGUGCGUGUAUGAAUAGAUUGAACGUACAAGAUAGCAAGUCUUCAUGUUUGCUAGAACGAGAGCUGCGAGCAUGCAUGGAGAACAAGCCCACAAACUCUACAAAUGAACCGGUAUUCGUAGGUGGUGAGGAGGAGUUGGUGGUGGUUCUCGACGGCGAGGAUGUAGUUCUGCCCUGUCGGGUAACCGGUGAUCUCAAAGGUUUGGAAGUGACAUGGAUAAAGGAAGACCCUGUACAAUCACUCUCCAACACUCGCAACCCCCGCUUUGAUGUCAGACGAAAAGGAAACACAACCUUUGACCUGUUUAUUGCUUCCGUUGGAUUAACUGAUGAGGGUGUAUACAUCUGCCAGAUCAAUACGAGAACCCCAACAUCUCGACGGGUCGAGUUACGUGUAGGACGGCCGUCAUUUAUCCAGGCCAUCAACUACGGAGAAAGCGCCAUUGAUCUCCAGGUCCAAAUUCCUACCAUUGCCGUCAACGAAUCAGAUUCGUUCUAUGUCGAUUGCGUCAUUACUGGAUUCCCACCGCCGCUCUUACAAUGGAUCUCAUUGGUCAACGAUAUCGAGUCGGCGAUGAAUAUGCAGUAUAUUAACGUACAUGGAGGAAUCCGAUUGGUUGUUGAUAAUGUAUCACGUGAUCGCGGAGGCGACUACGUUUGCAGAGCGAGUAAUUCAUACGGAGAAGCUGAGCAAAUCAUCAGCCUGGUCGUGCAAUAUAAGCCCAUUAUAUCUUCCCUUCCCUCUGUCAUCUAUGCUGGACUGAAAAGUUACAUCAAAAUCGACUGUGAUGCCGACGGUUUCCCUCCAGCGAGAUACAGAUGGAUUCAAAUUAAAGAAGACGAAGAAAGGUUUCUUUCAUCACAAAGGUAA